CUACAAAGUGCACAAGAUUUCCUCUUGAACGCCCGGCGGACCGGGCGAAAGGAGAGGCCUGAUGUCACGGAGGGAGCUCGAUGCAGAGCCAGACUGGCCUCUGCGUGGCCACAAGUCCCUUUGCUCCGCGCACCUGCUUUCUCAUCAGGACAGGAGGUUUCUGCGUGACUCUGGGAGUUCCCUCCUUGGAUUUAUUCUCCCGAAGGAGCUUGGUCUGUGCCCCGAGCCAUGAUGAAGACCCUGUCCAGCGGGAACUGCACGUUCAGCGUGCCCGCCAAGAACUCGUACCGCAUGGUGGUGCUGGGCGCCUCCCGGGUGGGCAAGAGCUCCAUUGUCUCUCGCUUCCUCAACGGCCGCUUCGAGGACCAGUACACGCCCACCAUCGAGGACUUCCACCGGAAGGUCUACAACAUCCGAGGCGACAUGUACCAGCUGGACAUCCUGGACACGUCCGGCAACCACCCCUUCCCCGCCAUGCGCAGGCUCUCCAUCCUCACAGGGGAUGUCUUCAUCCUGGUGUUCAGCCUGGACAGCCGGGAGUCCUUCGACGAGGUCAAGCGCCUGCAGAAGCAGAUCCUGGAGGUCAAGUCCUGCCUGAAGAACAAGACCAAGGAGGCGGCGGAGCUGCCCAUGGUCAUCUGCGGCAACAAGAACGACCACGGCGAGCUGUGCCGCCAGGUGCCCGCCACCGAGGCCGAGCUGCUGGUGUCGGGCGACGAGAACUGCGCCUACUUCGAGGUGUCGGCCAAGAAGAACACCAACGUGGACGAGAUGUUCUACGUGCUCUUCAGCAUGGCCAAGCUGCCCCACGAGAUGAGCCCCGCCCUGCACCGGAAGAUCUCCGUGCAGUACGGCGACACCUUCCACCCCAGGCCCUUCUGCAUGCGCCGCGUCAAGGAGACGGACGCCUACGGCAUGGUCUCGCCCUUCGCCCGCCGCCCCAGCGUCAACAGUGACCUCAAGUACAUCAAGGCCAAGGUCCUGCGGGAGGGCCAGGCCCGGGAGCGGGACAAAUGCACCAUCCAGUGAGCGGGAGGGACGCUGGGGUGGGGCUCGGGCAGUGCCUUACGGGAGGCGGCCCGGAUGCCCGCACCCCCCAAGAGACCCCCAAUGGCAGUGGUUGGCGCCAGACUGGAGGACCCCAGCCUUGAACCUCUGAACCUUCUCUUGCCUUCCUGCCUCCUCCCUCUGAUUCCACGGAUGCCCCUGGUCCCAGCUCCGCCGGGUGGGGACGGAUCUCUGCAAGCAGGAGACGAGGCUGGGAGACAGCUGGACUUGAUGCAGGGACCCCAGUCGAGCCUUCCUGGCCUUGGGUCAUAAGAAACACUGAUGCCAGAGGGGCCAGGACCCCUGCACCCCACAGGGCCUCCUGGGAUGGCGACAGGAUGAAAACAGCACCCAGAGCAGCCGGGAGAGCUCAGCUGUCCUGGCGUGAGACCCAGCUUGGCUCAGCGGGCCGCUAGGAGAGCCCCUGCACUCCCAAUCCUGAAACUCUCGCCCUCUGGCUCAGCUGUUUCUACCCCUGCCCCCCACGUGGGCCCCGGCUGUUCGGGACCUCAAGCCAGGGGCGUCUGUGUAUGGAAGGGGGUGCAGCCACGUCUCUGGGGCCACGUCCACCCCCGGGACCACCUGCCUCCCUCCGCCUCCUCUCCCAGGUUCCCCCGUCUGCUGGUUUACUUUGUUGUUACAGCUGUUCUCACGUCGUGUGUAGCAUAGGAAUGGAAAUCCUUGUACUGUAAAAGCCUAGUGACCCCUCGUUGGCCAGGCCCCCACCCAGUUCACGUCCACUGCCUCCCCCGCUCCCCGACGGGGUUCCCUGGCCUGUCUGCAGCUGGACACUGCCCUCCAUCUGAGCUUUACAGUCCACACUCACCCAGGCCGGGCCGGGCAUCGGGCCGC